UGGCAGCUUCCGGUCCGACUUUGUUUACAUCCCAGCUGACCGGCCGCUCCUCCGCGUCAGACCUCAGAUAUGAAUUCGCCCGACGACGGCGGGCAUGGCGCGGACCUGAGCGACGGUCGGGAGACUGCUCCUGUUUUAAUCGAAAGGAGUUCAGCCGUGGGGACAUUUCCUGAAUUUCAGUAUUCCCCAGAUAACGUUGAGGGACCGGGAUGCACCGUUGACCCCAGUGAAGUCACCCUUCCCGGAUGCUCCUGUCUUUCCCACUCCUGCUGCACUGAGAGCUGCUCCUGCCUGCAGACUCAUGGGCAGGCAUAUGACAGCACCGGCACGCUGCUGGGCCUUAGCCGAACAGACUCCGUUUACUGCUCACCUGUAUUUGAGUGUAAUGCGCUUUGCACCUGCAGUGACACCUGCUCUAACCGUGUUGUCGAGAGAGGGCUAAGACUCAGGCUGGAGGUUUACAGCACCAGAAAAAGGGGCUGGGGAGUACGGACACUGGAGGCAAUCCCGCGUGGGACAUUUGUAUGUGAGUAUGCAGGAGAGGUGAUCGGUUUUGAGGAGGCCAGACGCAGACAACUUACCCAGAGAGCUGAAGAAAAUAAUUACAUCAUCGCUUUAAGGGAGCACGCGGGAACGGGCUCCAUUAUCGAGACGUUUGUGGACCCGGCUGUGGUGGGAAACGUAGGCCGCUUUCUCAACCAUUCCUGCUUGCCCAACCUGUUCAUGCUACCUGUCCGUGUGCACUCUGUAGUUCCUAGACUGGCACUGUUUGCUGGACGGGACAUCAGUGCACGAGAGGAGCUGACGUUUGACUACUCAGGAGGAUACAGUAACCGACCUCCUGUAGAGCUGCUGUCCACACAAAGUGACGCAGCCAUACAGGCCAGCAGGGCAGAUGGACUUAAGAGGAAAGCGUGUCACUGUGGUGCUAGCAACUGCGCACAGUUCCUUCCACUGGAUUUAUCUAUUCUCAAUUAAAAUAAUCCAAAAUAAAUUUCAUAUCACAUUCAUUUUUAUUUGAAUAUCUAGUGAUUGACUAAUUUCUGAAUGUUAGAGAGAAGAUAUAGCCUUUUUUUCUGAUUUUCUUUUAAAAUUAUGUUCUUUAUUAUGCCUUGCUCUUUUUUCAGUUUCCUUGAACUCUCAUUUAAUUUAACCACUCAGAAGAACAAUAAAAUGUUGGUGGCUCCAUUAAAAACAAUCAGAUGGAUGAGUCAUGUCUCUGCACUGCAUUGUUUCCUUUUGAGCCCCCGCAUUGUCUCCUAAUCUGCCACUGUCUUAAUGCUCUCUCCCACUCAGUGUAAGAUGAUACAAUGACAACUAAAUGUCAAGGCAAGGAAAAAAAGUUUUUUUUUUUUUUUAUGCGAGUAAACUUGUUGAAAUUCCUGUCUGUUCAUUCACACGUAUAACCCAUUUCAUCUAUCAGGGGAGGCUUGUUCUGUAUAGGACGUGUCCCACCAGAUCUACAGUCUUGCAGCUGUCAUCUUGUCCUGGCACAUAUAAGUCCCAUUUCUCACCCAACACAUGAAUCAUGAAGGAGCAGGAGCACUGCCAGACAUGAAAGGAAUGACGUUUAAUAGGUUUUUCUUUUAAAGAUAUAUAGGCUACAGAAUUGGUCAUUACAGCCUUACAGAUGCCAAAUCUUCUGUGCAAGAAGAGAUAUUAUGUCAUUCCAAAUACAAGAUUCAUAUAUAAAGUAAUAACUGUCAUGCAUCUCCAUCUACUUGAAAUUUCUUUUCUAUGUUCGUGUGUUGCAGCCUCCCGUGUUCUCAGCUUCUCAUCGUGCUCAAACCUCAAGAGGGGUUGGACCAAUUAAAAAGGGCCGGGGGGUAUUUUUAUAUAGAAACAGGCUUUAUUCCCCUGUCAGAGGAGGGGCGAAGGUGUCCCAAUUUAGUGUGACCAUUCUGAAAUCAGGACCUUCUCUCAAUCUGCCCCGUUUCUAGUCUAGACCUGCUUUCAACUUAUUAAUAUCCACAUCUGGGUUAAUUAGGAUGGUGACUGUGUUUCAUCCUGAAUUGGGAUCAAUGCUCCAGCCACACUGGGGCUGAGAGAGAGACGAAAUGGUGGUGGCGGGAAGAUAGAAGCCCCCUGCCGAUCAGAGACUGUUGUCAAGUCGAUUGGUGUUUGUGUCACCCAUUGGAGAGACGAAUGGCGCAGGACGUCGUUGUUGUAUUGACCUAUAUUUUCUCCUCUGUGAGGGUUACCUGGGAUUCUUUCUGUUCAGAAUGGGCUGUUCUUUGAACCUGAUGUGAUUUAUGCUCAGGAAUUAAAAACCAAACUUAAAGGAGCCGUUUAGUUUAGCUUAGCACAAAGACUGAAAACAGGGAAACAGCUAGCCUGGGUCUGUCUUAAAAGUAACAAGAUUUGCCUACCAAAACCUAUGAAGCUCACUAAUUAACACUUUACAUCCAUUUUUUUUUUUUUUUUUUAAGGGCACAAAAACCAAAAUGUAAAAACAACCUGCAGUUUCCUGUAGUCUCCAUUGGUUGCCUGGCAAUGUAAUAGUGAUGGCAAGACAUCAAUAACAACUGACAUAUAUGUUAAUUGUGGAGCUUUAAAUAUGCUGUUUUAAAAAACAAUAAAAAAAACAAACUUUUAAACAGAGCCUGGAUAGCUGUUUCCCUCCGUUUCCAAUUUUUAUGCGAAGCUAAGCUAACCGGCUGCUAGCAGUAGUUUCAUAUUAAAGGCAUUGACAUGAGAGUGGGAUCUAUUUUAUCUAACUCCCAGCAAGAAAUUGAGUAACGAUAUUUCCAAAACUGUCAAACUACUCAUCAAAUUGCAGUUGAAUCUGAUCUAACACGUUCAGCAGUCGUAUAUGUAAAAAAAAAAAAUCAAACCAAAGUUUAUUGACAUCUGAUAGAUUGAUGAUAUACCUUCAGUUUGAGAGAAAAAACAGUCAGAAAAGCAGUAGAAAAUAUCGACUUUAUACAAUAGAUGGUAAGGUAAAUGUAUAUUAUCAGAAAUACUGUAGAGCUAUGUGGAGGAAUUUGCCUGGAUGUCAACUUGUCCAUGGCCUUGGAGAAAAGUAGGAUACAGAUUAUGUAGAGAAAAGAACAACACCGCAUCUCUCAAACCAAACGAUAGAAAUGUAUAGAAAGUUUUGGGCCAGGGUUUCUCACCGCCUCAGUUAAAUCAUGUGCAACAGUCUCGUGUUUUACCUCUGAUAACAUUACAGUCUAAGAAGCCGUUAAUAAUUUCAAUCUGUGGCCCUCUUUGUUUUGCCUUUAUGAUGAAUCAUAUCCCACUGUUUUCUUAAAAAACCUACUACAAGUGUAGGAAGAAAACAGUCUCUCUUCAAAUACAUGACUCAUGUCAUUUUUGAGUCAGAUGUCCCUGGAAUCCCUAUGGCAACCGGCUGUCAGUACAGGGGGAGAUUUGGACAGCAGUGGUUGGUUCGGAGGUGCAUGAAGGCUGUUCUGAAAUGCCGAUUGUUGAAGAGCCAGGCUGUGAAUGAAUGGCUCCUUUCCAGGAUGAUGGUCACCUAGCAACCACCAGUUAAUCCCCCCCAGCCCCAGAAAAAAAAACACGUCAAGGAUGCCUUGCAAUGGAGGAGCCUGUUUUGUCAAUUUGUGAUUGUAUUUUGAAAAUGCCAACAGACUGUGUGCCUCACAGAAUAAGACUAAAGAAUAAUUUCCCGAAGGGAAAUAAAUAACUAAAAUAAUUUAAGAAGACUUUCGUCUUCAAUAUUUUAUCAUAUUGGAGUUAUAUUGUGUGUAUAUUAUUUACAUGGUGGCAACUUCAACUAGUACACAAAGCAAAAUGUGUGAAAAAUCGCUAUACUCAAGAAAUAUUGUAACGUGAUGUUAUAUACCAAAGUGACCACAGCUUGUUGUGUUUUGGUCAUUUUAAGAGAGACCUUUGCUUAAGAUGUAUUUCACUCUUAUAUUUAAGUUUUGUCGCUUCUAGUAGGUGCAAACUUCACUUAAAGUGAGACUAUGUAACUGAACGAAGAAAUAUUACAAGCCAGUUCAACUCUUAAAAAACAAUUGAACUCAUGGUAGCUAACCUUAGUCAAUGUCAGCAAGCUCUAGAUUGUGAUGGAUGUGUAACUGAAAUUAUUUAAUCAGUUUUUUAGACCUUAUGACUGUGCUACUUGUGCUACUCUCACACUAUGCUUUAUGUCACAUUUUAAUGGUUUUAUUUCAAAAGUAAAACGAGAAGUAAACAUAAUAGCUUGCCAGGAGACAUGUUUGUUGUUUCCUGCUUUUCCACUUGCUCUAAGUCCCUAAUGAUGAUGGCUGUUUCUCUGGACAGCAGAGACUCCACAAAGUCAUUACCAUCAAAGAAAUAAAAUAAUCGAAUAAACCACUGAGCUAUAACAUGUUAAUUAGUGUGCUUGAGAGGUGCUGGUAUGCGGAUAUUGUUACCUUUGGAUACAAGCAACCUGGCUAGCUGUUUCCCUAUUGCUAUUCUGUAUGCUAAGCUAAGCUAACUGGCUGCUGGCUCCAGCUACAUAUUUACCGUACAGAUGGGAGAGUGGUAUCCAUCUUCUCAUCCAACGACAAAUUGGAUAAGCUUUUAUAUUUCCUGCAGCUAUUCCUUCAAAGCAAAUGAAUUAAGAUGACCCUAAAAAUAGAAGGGCAAAACAAUGGGCUAUUAUCAUGUAACUGCCACUCGUGGCAACAGCAAAUGUUACAGAGGCUCACUUCAAGAACAGAUUUUGAUUCUCGUAAAUAGGAUGUUUUUCUCAGUAAGGUUUUGUUGCAGCCCCACUUUGAUUUAGGCAGAAAAGACUUUUAUCUAAAUGCCUUGCCAAGUGUAGCUUGAAAGGACGAAAAAUACAAAGAUACACCUUAUACCUAUGAGAUCCAUGCAUCACAUUGAUGAAGGAACGAGACAGGAUUUCAGGGUGAGUGACCAGUGGAGAAAUCACAGCUGGCAGUCCAUUUGUUAAGAAAUGGAGCACCUCUCUGAUGAGGGAGCAGAUGUCCUUGCCUUGAAUCCUGCAGCCAAAUAAAAGUAAAAGAAAAAACAGUAGCUAUCUGCCAGGCCUCUGCCUGCAAAGGCAUUUUAAAGUCCAAUUUCAAACAUUUCUUGUAACUCUAGACUGUGUUGUGAUGUUGGCUGAUAAGAUAAGAUACUGGUACAAGUCACAGUCUAUUUAGACAAAUUGGAGUUACAACAGCCAGUGUCUGUAUACUAUGAAAUAAAAGACACUUUAUUGGCUUGUAGCAGAACCCAUAAAUUAACCUUGUUAAUGAGAUCUUUAUGCUUAAAUAAUGGACAUACUGAAUGUAUAAAUCAAUUUUUUCUGUGAACUACAUGGCACUGUACAUUUUCAUUUUUUUCCUGCUUCUGU